AUGAACACAUAUGAUACGAGACCGCUAGAAGAGGCUCUUCCACACAACCUGGCUCUACUUUUCGCAAAUGAGAUCUUACUACCUGAUAAUGCGAGAGACAUAUGCCCGAAAAAAAUCGGUCCUAGAAUUAUAUCAUUUCCCGAUACGAAACAGAUAUUGAAAAUUGGUUAUGGCAUCACGCGCUCGGAAGCGGAAGCGAUGCUUCUCGUGGCUUCACAAACGUCCGCACCUGUGGCCAGAGUCGACCAGGUCGGCGAAAUAGGAGAUUCUGGGUACAUAUUGAUGUCGCAACUAGAAGGGGAACCUCUAGCAGACGUGUGGCCAAAUCUAUCGCUAGAGGCUAAGGAUUCUCUAAUCCAAGAGCUCCGAGGUUACCUUCAAGAAUGGAGAACGCUUCGAGGCGAUUAUUAUGGUGCUCUAGGUUACCAACCAUGCCAAGAUAUCUUCUUUAAGCACUCCCCUAUGCGCAAGAAAUCUAAAUCAUGUUACGGCCCGUAUAAAACCCGAGUCGAAUAUAACGCCGGCCUCAAAAGUGCCUUGGAAAUGUCAAGGCCACCUGAGACCUUUGACACAAGAGACGAGUCUUUGCUACAAAACAUCGAGACCCUUCAAGACCCUGAUAUUGUUUUCACUCAUGGUGACCUUCACCGUGACAAUAUUCUAGUAAAGGAUGGGAAAAUCUCAGGUAUUCUCGAUUGGGGAUCUGCAGGAUAUAGUAUUAAGGACAGAGAGUAUUACGAAGCGCGAUCAAGAGCAAGAAACCCAGAAUGGAAAGCGACUAUUGAUUCUAUCUUCGCUGGGGAAACUGACGUGAAAGUUUAUUCAAUUCUAGAGGAGCUUGACAGGGAGCUUGUAGUGUACAGCGGAUUUUAA